GAGUGAUGCCAAUAAACAGCAAGAGAGAGCAAGGAAAAGAUGCUGCUGUGCAGGGGACCAAUGACAGCAGUGUGGUCAGUAAGGUGUCAGCAGCGGCACAGGGCUACUUCCAUGAUGACUUCCUCAAACAUUUUGUGUGCAAGGUGUCAAGAAGAGCUCCACUGAUUAAUAGAGGUUAUUAUGUGCGCUGGAAAGCAGUCGAUCAUUGUAUGAAUCAGUUUUUCCAUGCUACAAACUCCAGCUCAAGGAGACAGAUUCUGUCACUAGGAGCAGGGUUUGACUCCCUAUUUUUCCGGCUGCAUUCAGAAGGAGCCCUUGGAGGUGUCACAGUUUUUGAGGUUGACUUUCCAGAAGUUGCCCGACGCAAGGCUGACUUGAUCAAUAGCAAUGCUUGUCUGAAGGACACAUUGCCAGAUUGGGAGGCUGUCUCGAAUCAGCAGACUAAUACUGUGUUCAUCAGAAGUGGUCAUUAUAAUCUCAUUGGUGUGGAUGUCAGGAAAGAGCAGAAGGUGGAGGCGGCUCUGAGCGGAGCUGGGCUGCAGUGGGACACUCCCACACUCGUCUUAUCAGAGGUGGUGCUGACUUAUAUGGAAACACAAUGGUCAGAUGCUGUGAUUGGCUGGACUGCCAAGCUCCUCCCACAGUCUAUGUUUGUGAUGUAUGAACAGAUCCACCCAGAUGACCCAUUUGGCAGGGUCAUGCAGAACCACUUCCUGAAGCUCAACUCUUCCAUACAUGCUCUCAAACAAUAUCCACACACUGUCGCUCAGACACAGAGAUUCAUACAGAAGGGCUGGGAAAAAUGUGUCUGUCUGGAUAUGAACCAGUUCUACUUUGACCUUCUUCCUGAAGAUGAGAGGCAGAGAGUCGAGGGACUGGAACCUUUUGAUGAGUUUGAGGAAUGGCACCAGAAAUGUUCUCAUUACUUCAUCCUUUCAGCCUCCAAAGGCUCUGUGACCAAUCAAGCCCUUCUUAUGCUACCGAAGUCGCCUUCCAUCCCACACAUGACUCCUCAAUGGGCUGAGCAUCCUCCUUUGGUCAUUCAACCCAUGUGUGGGUCUCCGUGUAUAGAGGCUGUCGGUAUGGCCUCUGCCGUACUGGCCCCUGGAAACAUCCUUCUCACCGGAGGCUGUGGGAGAAGCGGAAGAGACACCGUAGCAAGGGUCCUGAUCAAAGAGCAGGGUGGCUGGAAAUGUGCCUGUGUGGAGGCUCAUGGAGACAGAGUGGUGAGUCUUUAUCAGACGUUGACCUCUAUCCCUGGUGGUGGAGUGGUCCUCUUUGGUGGCAGAACUUCUCCACUCAAUCCAACAGGCAGCAUUGUGUGGGUGACCUUUGACCUUGGUGAUCAGCAAAGUGCUGUACAGCUGUCAUUUAAGAACAUGAAUUGUACCGGCACUGGUCCAAAGCCACGAUGGAGACACACAUCGACCUUAGUUUGUCAUAAUGAUAAGACAUUUCUAUUUGUGUUUGGAGGACGUACAGAGAAGGAUCCAGUUCUAGGUGAUGCACAUUUCCUGUGUUUGGAGGACAAGCACUGGACUGAGAUUACAGUUGUUGGUGUCGUUCCGGAAGCACGUCAUUCCCAUUCAGCUUGUCCCUAUGGAGGGGGGCUUGUGAUAUUUGGAGGUUUAGGGAAAGGAGGAAGACCUCUCUGUGAUGCUUUUUACCUGAGACCCACAUCAUCAGGUUUCUGCUGGGAGACAAAGAAUUUACAUCCACCUCCAGUGCCCAGAUAUUCCCACUCGGCCCAUGUAAUUAAUGAGAAGUUGGUUGUGGUUGGUGGAGUUUGGCUUCAGGCUGAUGGAGUACCAGGAGUUGCUGUAAUAAAUCUUAACACUGGGGGUUGUGUGGAGAUCCAGCUGGAUACCUCGUCUGUGCCUUGGCCUCUUAUGCUGCACUCAUUCUGCUCUGAGCUGCUGGACUCUGAGGGGACUGAGGUGGUGCUCAUUGGUGGAGGAGGAAACUGUUUCUCUUUUGGAACUCACCUUAAUCUCCACCCUGUAACUGUGGAUCUAAGACCAAUACUUUGCCAUUUAAAUGAGUCAGAUCACAAGUAG